UCCUACAAAUAGAUGGCGGGAAAAAAUCACAGCAUUGAAGCAGACACUAACCGACUGAAAUAAACUUAAACUCAUUCUCUCUCCUCAGACCUCCAAAAACAACAACAAUGGCGAAAACAGUAUUCACUGACGAAGCCAUACUUAUUGAAGAAGAUGAAAAAGAACAGAUGAUAAUAGAAGAAGAAGAUGAUGAAUUAAUUUCUACAACAACAACAACAACAAAAGAACCCCCCAAAAUCCACCGUUUAGAAGAAUCAGUCAUCAAUCGCAUUGCAGCAGGCGAAGUCAUUCAACGGCCAGUUUCCGCCAUUAAAGAGCUUGUCGAGAAUAGUCUUGAUGCUCAAGCUUCCUCCAUUAAUGUCGUUGUUAAAGAUGGUGGACUUAAACUUAUUCAAGUCUCCGACGACGGCCAUGGAAUUAGGGUUGAAGAUUUGCCGAUUCUUUGUGAACGACAUACGACGUCGAAGUUGUCGAAAUUUGAGGAUUUGCAGACGAUUAAAUCGAUGGGGUUUAGAGGUGAGGCGUUGGCGAGUAUGACUUAUGUAGGUCAUGUGACGGUUACUACUAUAACUUCUGGACAAUUGCAUGGAUAUAGGGUUUCUUAUAGAGAUGGUGUAAUGGAGAAUGAGCCUAAGCCUUGUGCUGCUGUAAAAGGAACUCAGAUUAUGAUCGAAAACCUUUUCUAUAAUAUGAGUGCAAGGAGGAAAACACUUCAGAAUUCAGGUGAUGAUUAUCCAAAGAUUGUUGACUUGCUUAGUCGGUUUGCGAUUCAUCAUAUGGGUGUGGGUUUUUCCUGUAGAAAGCAUGGGGCUGCAAGAGCUGAUGUUCACACUGUUGCCACAUCUUCCAGAAUUGAUGCAAUUAGAUCUGUUUAUGGCGUAUCUGUUGCCCGCAAUCUUAUAAGAAUAGAAGUCUCAGGUGAUGAUCCAUCUAGCUCAAUUUUUAACAUGAAAGGUUUCAUCUCCAACUCCAAUUACGUAGCCAAGAAGAUAACUAUGGUGCUGUUCAUUAAUGAUAGGUUGGUCGAGUGCUCUGCUUUGAAAAGAGCUAUAGAAAUUGUUUAUGCUGCAACCCUACCUAGAGCAUCAAAACCUUUUGUAUAUAUGUCAAUUACCUUGCCACCUGAGCAUGUUGAUGUGAACAUACAUCCGACAAAACGAGAGGUAAGCCUUCUGAAUCAGGAAGUUGUAAUUGAGAAGAUACAGUCAGAAGUUGAACUGCAAUUAACAAAUUCCAACGAGACAAGAAUAUUUGAAGAACAGCCCUCCCCCUCAGUUGCUGCAGUAACACGCAAAGAUACCCAUUUUGGUCCCUCAGCUUCAGGAGGUGCAACUACAGCAUCAAAGUCACAGAAAGUUCCAGUAAGAAAGAUGGUUAGAACUGAUUCAUCGGACCCUGCAGGAAGGUUGCAUGCAUACAUGCAAGUUAAGCCCUCAACCCAGCUGGAAAGAAAUGCUAGUUUGAAUUCUGUAAGGUCUUCUAUCAGACAGAGGCGAAAUCCUAAGGAGAGUGCAGAUCUUACAAGCAUUCAGGAGCUUAUUGAUGAAAUUGAUAAUAGCUAUCAUUCUGGCCUGCUUGAAAUCGUCAGAGGCUGCACUUAUGUUGGAAUGGCAGAUGAUGUUUUCGCAUUGCUACAGUAUCAGACUCAUCUUUAUCUAGUAAAUGUAGUAAACUUGAGCAAGGAACUCAUGUACCAGCAAGUCCUGCGUCGUUUUGCUCAUUUUAACGCUAUACAAUUGAGUGAUCCUGCGCCACUGCCUGAGUUAAUAAUGCUGGCACUGAAAGAGGAAGAUACUGAUGCAGAUGGCAGUGACAAUGAUGAUCUGAGGAAAAAAAUUGCCGAGAUGAAUACUGAGCUACUGAAGGGAAAAACUGAAAUGCUGGAGGAGUAUUUCUGCAUUUAUAUCGACCCCCAAGGCAAUCUGUCUAGGCUUCCUGUCAUACUUGAUCAGUACACACCUGACAUGGAUCGCGUUCCUGAAUUUGUUCUUUGUCUCGGCAAUGAUGUUAACUGGGAGGAUGAGAGAAGUUGCUUUCAAACAAUCUCAGCUGCUCUUGCAAAUUUCUAUGCCAUGCAUCCGCCUAUUUUGCCAAACCCGUCGGGUGAUGGCUUACAACAUUAUCGAAGAAAACCUGUCGUAGUAUCACUUGAUGAAGAACUGAACAGAUCUGAUACUAUAGAGGGUGGGGACAAUGAGAUUGAACAUGAAUUACUUGCAGAGGCAGAGACAGCCUGGGCACAACGCGAAUGGUCUGUGCAGCACAUCCUAGUUCCUGCUAUGAGACUAUUUCUUAAACCCCCUAAAUCAAUGGCUAACAACGGGACAUUUGUACAGGUAGCUUCAUUGGAGAAGCUCUACAAAAUAUUUGAAAGAUGCUAAUGGAACCAGCUUGAAUAUCUUGGCAAAGGUCAGAAAUGAAGUUUAUAUGAUAGUAUUUUAUGCCAUCUGUUAUUGUGUAGUUGUACAUAUUAACAUACAGUUUAGCAGACGUCAUCUGAAGUUUGUAUAUGCUGAUUACUUAGGAAUUUCAACUAAUGCUUUAGACUUUCCAUGUGAAAAUGUUUCAAGAGUAUCAAAAUCAAAAUCUGCUCCACUAAUUAGUGAUUUUUGGCCGAAUUCAA